AUGUCGGUGUCGAAGAGGGUCUACGUUGGAAACGUUAUUCAAGACCAUGAAGCAAGCUUAAGGGAGCUGAGACCGCGUUUCGAGCGCUUCGGACGCUGUCUUUCGAGCGAGUUUGAAAGUCAUGGGCAUUUUGCGUAUAUGAACAUGGAGUUUAACGACGAAGCGGGGUAUUCGAAGCUCAAACAAAGUUUGAAUGGUGUAAGGUUCAAGGGUAAUGUCUUGAAAGUUGACCAAGCGAAACUAAGCUGGCAACAACGGUGGGAUGAUGAUCAAAAGAACGAGGAACGCGUAGGGAUAGAGAGAGAAAAACAGCUAUUGAAACAACAAUGGGAGUAUCAUAAGAAAAUUGAAAAUAUAAAGAUGAGUUGGAUCGAUCGACAACAGAUUUUGCAUGGCAGAAUGCGCCAAAAUCCUCGGGCGAAAGCUCAGCUGCGAAACAUAACCUUCCGAGUGCUCAGCGAUGGACAAUUGAAAGUCUACAAGUGCUCUAAGAAUAAGUUAUGGGGCUACGAACGUGAAAAGAUGCCUCGGGACCUAGUUGCACGUUUUACAGACCAGCGCCACUGGAGAGAUGGAAACAAUCACAUCGUCGACAAACUCGAUUAUUCGCGCGCCUCCUCUUGGAGUAAGCAUCAUGGAAUAGGUUCCGCCCAAGAAACCGACACAGGUCUUUUGGCGACCGCUGAAGAUAUCGAAGAAUCAUCAGAUCAGAAAACAAAAGAUGUUUUGGAAAACUUGCUUGGUGACUUUGAUUUCGACAAACCUAUGGCUAUCCAAGAAGAUGAGGACGAGAAUGCUUCAUCUGACUACGAGUAUAACGCACUGUACCAAGAGCCCACAGAUGUAAUGAAAGCUACUGGCAAAGAAAAAAAACAAGAAGUGCCUAAGCCUGUUGAGGAAGUUAAAGAAUUGCAUGUGUCAGAGCCCGAAAAACCAGAAGAGGACUCGGAAGAUGAUUUCGUACCCACAUUUGGCAACCAGCCGGUACUCUCUACGAAGAGUAAUACAGAGGAACUUAGAUCUCUUUUCAACCCCGAAGAGUCGAAAGAAGCUACUUUCAAGUUAAUGGAUGAGACUAACGAAGAUAUCGAUGAAACAAAAAACGUCCUAGAAACAGAAAACGCCCAAGAGCUAUCAACCGAAGAUUCAUACGUAGGAACUCAGAACACAAAUAGGGGUUUGUUCUUCCCACAUUUCACAUCUCCUUUCUUGCAGUCGCAAUCGCAGCUGGCCAAGCUCAAAUCGUCCCAGGAUCAUCAAGAACUUUUCGCGAACUGGGAAGAUAAAUUCUGGGAGAACCGAGCUACGUGGACCAAGGAAAUGAAACAGAAGAAAAGAGAUGCCGAUAGGCAGAACAGGAAGAAAAAUUCCAAAUCGAGGGGAAAUGGGAUUUUAGUUUAG